AUGUCAGAGGCGGCGCCGGCCGCUGCUUCCGAUCCGCCCACCUCCAUCGCCUCUCCCACCUCGCUUCCGGCGGAGGCGAUUCGCCCCGCGCGCCGAUUCUCCAAGGCGCCCGACUUCUGGCUGCUCACGCCGCUCCUCUAUGCACCGCUCCUACCCCUCAUCCGCAUAUCGCUGCGCCACAAGCCGCAGCUGAGGGAUCGCCUCUUUGCCGCUGCCGUAGGGGGAGCGUUCAUGCACGGCGCGUGGUUGAGGGCGAUCAGUCUUGCUCCUGUUUUCCCAUGUUUCGCCUCUGCUGCUCAUGCGUCCUCCGUGCACCUCUCACCUGCCCCUCCGCUUCCCCUGUCCUCCUCCCAACCCCCACCGACACUCCUUUCCUGGCUGGCAGCCAUCGCUUCUACAACGCGGAGAGCUACACUCAAGCACACAACAGAUAGCCACUCUUGCACCCGCCUCUGGCAACCGCCCCUGCAAUGCAACCACGCCCUGCUCCCUCCUGCACGCCAUCUGCCUGAACCAGUGCUGCACUGCAGAUUGAGGUCUUGUGACUCGUGA